AAGGCGCUGGGAGACACCUGUCUGCAACUAGCGACAGAAAACAAGCUGCAGUGAGGCGGGCAACGUGUUUGAGUGCAGGCGUGUAUACAGCACGGUUUGACUACCCGGCUGAGUUAUACAGGAGCUAACGUUCUUCAUCCUGCUAAACCCUGGAUAGGAAGUACAGCACAUCCUGGCUGCAGUUGUUGGUUCGGUUCUGUUUGCAAAGGGUCUUGUAGGAGAAACGUGUGCUUCCCCAAAUCCAUUCGCAAUUUUAAACAGGACAUUUAUUAUCGCGUGGAAGUGGCAGAUGUCACCUCGCUCUUUAUUGCAGAACUUUAUACUUUUUCAACCGGACCUUCGUCUAUAUCUCAGUGAAACGUAUAAGGGAUUCAUCAAAAGAUCGUUGCAUGGUGGAUGAUUAAUCAACAACAGAAACACUUAAAUACCCAUUUUUAAUUGUGAAGCUGUGAUUUGUGUAUUGAUUGUACUGUGGAUUCUGAUGUAACCGUUGUGGGAUAUUUCUCGGGUGUUUCAACUCCAGAUGCACUCGCUGUUGGAUCGAAAGAAGAAAUCAGCCGCCGGAGUGGGGCUGGAUAUGUCCCCGAGCUCCUUGUCCCAAGCCCCGAGGAUGUUCAGCUGUGUGGGUUGCUUCUGGGUCCUCUUAUCCUCGGCUUUGGUUGCGAUUUGCAGUUUCAGUUUUAUCUCGCCGGCGUGGAUUGUCAAAGAUCACCUUAAAAACAAAGACUCGGUGAGCUUUGGGUUACUUUGGCAUUGCUCUGAGUCGAUGGAUAACAUGUACAGCUGCUAUACUUUUGGAGGUCUGGGAAAAUUUGCCGAUAUUCCUUCCAGUUCAUGGCAGACGAGUGCUGUGCUGUGUUCGGGAGGCUGUGCCCUGCUGGCGUUGAGCUCCUUGCUGGCGAUCAUCACCAUUUUCCUUCCCAGUGGGCAGUGUGAGCGGAGGGCGUGCACGCUGGCUGGAUACAUGCAAACAGCAGCAGUGUUCAUUAUGGCUUCUGGACUUCUGGUGUACCCUUUUGGACUUAACUCUACCUUUGUGAAGUCGUUUUGCGGAAACUCAAGCAUCUACUAUGCAGGAGAGUGCCAGAUUGGUUGGGGAUACAUGCUAGCCAUUGUUGGAGUCAUGCUUACACUCUUUUUACCCUUCUUUGCAAAAUAUGCACCCAAAGAGCACAUGUCUCCAACUCCAAUCCCCGCCAUCUUGUAGUAGAACAGAAUGUGGUCUAAACUCUAGGGAAAUCAAACAUAAAAGCACUUCUUUUUUAGGUGAAUGGCUAAAGUAGCUGAUCGACCCUUGAAGGAUGCAAAGUACACUUACUGUCUUCCUUAAAAUAACAAUAAGCUAUUUCACUGCUUUACUGGCAUUUCCACAGCAAAACUGCCUCUUUAUUUGCUGAUACAUUUAUUGUUGAAGGAACUACCGGUAUAUGUCAGUUCUUUAAGAUACUGUAUUAACAAUAAACAUCCAAUAAUAGUACUUAACAGUAAACAAACUAGCCCUUUACCACUAUUCAUUAAAAUAUAUAUAUAUAUAUUGAAAGUAACUUACAACAUCUGUUUGCUAAAGAUUUUAGGGAUAUGUAUGUUUGCAAUAGUUAUUUCAGGUAAAAUAUUUUAGUGCUAAACUAAACUAAAAUACCACAAAUACAAAAUAAGUGUAACUCUUUGUUUUUUUUAUGUUAAUAUAGUUACAAAUGUAACAAUUUUAUAUAGAUUGAAAUAUCUGCCAAAUUCCAGAGAGCUACGCCAAUAUGACUGUCUCUGAAGCUGUAUAGCAAAACAUAAAUAAAUCAAUAAAAGAUGUUUAAUUGUACCAACUAAUUCUGUUAUCAGGUAGUAUGCCAUGCAAAAUAACAAACAAAAAAAUUGCAUAUUUUAAAAUUCUUGUGACUUUUAACAAGUAGCGAUUUUGAUAAUUCCCUCAAUAUAUUCUACAAAAAACAAAAUCUAAAACCAGAGAUACAAGUUUCUUAUUGAGUCGUUCUCUAGUCACAGCCAACACAGUAGUACUGCAUGAAGAGAGUGACAUUUAAUUAGAAAAUAUCCCCAUCUCUGUACAAGAAAUUGAGAAAACUCCAGCGUUAAUCUGUUAAUAGUAAUAUUGAAAUAUACAAUGAACUUGAUAUGUAUAUAGAAGCAUGACUUUCAAAUGGCAGUGGAAUUACUGUACUAGUGUGGAAUUUCAAUAGCCUGCAGGCUAUUUGCAGAGUAAAAUAUAUAUAUUUUUUGUUUUUAAAAAUGCAAGUUGGCGAAUACAUGUGUUUUACUUCUCAAGUUAAAAAAGGGCAUUAUUUAAACAACCCUAAAUAAUUGCAUUAUUCAGUAUAGGUGUUUGUCAGUUAUUCAGGUAAUCCUUCAACCAGUGUGUCAAAAACCAAUUUUUUUCUUAAUGUUUCGAACACAAUUAUUUAGAAGUAGGAUGACAAAAGGCAAGUAAAUGCAUUACUCUGAAAGCAAAAGAAGUUGGGGAAAGUCACUGUACAAAUAAAUACUGUUGCAUCUGUUUGAAAACUUUUUCUCACCUGACCAACUUGUGCCUUUGUAAUCUAACUGGAAAUCUAACCUUAAUGCUGUAUCCAGGUUUUCAUCAAUAACCGCUUCAACGCUGUGUAUAAUCUUCUGUAAAGUACAGCAUUGUUUUUAUUUUCCUCUUGAUGUUUUGUGAUACGUUUUGUAACCGUUUCCUAUGAUAUUAUGUGAAAACACCUGCAAAAUAAAUGAGUUUUGCAUCAGAGUACAAAUGUUAACCUUAAAAUCCAGGGGAAAUAUUUAGUAAUUUAUGUCAUACUGUUCUAAUCUAAGGACCACAGCCAAUAUUAUGCAUAAAACAUAUAUACCUGUAAGUUACCUUGAUAUGUUUUACCUGAAUAUAUUGAUGGCAGUACUGCAACUCCUAGUACAGAACUAAUUCAGCAUAUGCAGAUCAAUGCUGCUGAUUUGAAAGUCCCACACUUCUUUAAAACAUAAAUUUUCUUAACCUGUUAAGUGUCCUAUAAACUUAUUUGAAUGUCAGUUGCUUUGUGAAGCUUUCCUAAGAUAGGAAAGGGUUCAUCCUUUUAAAUACAAACAACAUGUCUGUUUUUCCAUAACCCACUAAGUCCUUGCAGGUUUUUUUAAGGUUGUAAUCAUUUAUAUUAUAAUGAAGUUUUCAUAAGUCAAUCUGGGCUGUUUCCUGAUACCAGUAGUACCUGUGACUUCAAGUAAGUUGCAGCUGCUUUUGAUCUAUCUUGAUCCAUCGAAUAUGGGGUGUACAGUAAUUGGGGAAACACAAUGUUGGUGCUCUAGAGUGUCUAAAGGGUUUAAAGGCUCUCCUUAUCAUGAAGCAUAUUGCUACCAGUCUGCUACAAUGGCAUCGGCAGGUUCUGUUGAAUCAGAGCAACUGGUAUUUGGAAUGCCACUAUUGUAUGCACAAAUGUGUAUGUGUUCUCCCUAUUGAGUUGCAUUGUUUAAACCUCCAUGCACGUCUCAUGCCCAUCCCAGGCCACUUGUGAACUCAAGUAGAAGUUUAUGAAUGUCUGGAGGCACAUUGAAGUUUUGGAAACAAAGCAAUUUCCAAAAGCUGUUCUUGGAAUCAUUGUACAAGGAUAAAAUCUGAGUCUGCAGAGGAUACCUUUCAAAACUUUACAUGUAAAAUACAUUAAAACCUACAACAUCUUUAUUGAUAUGAUCUGGAAAUUCCGUAAAGAAUUUCAUUCUAAAUAUGUGAGUUGAAUGUAUAUAUUUAGAAAUUUCAAUUUUGUCAGCCACUGUAAAACUAUAACUAAAGGUCUUUUAUAUCUGGUAUAGGUUUAACAAUUAACAGAUUUUUUUUUUUAGCUUAUAUGUGGUACAUUAUAUGUAAAGUCUUACACUGGUAAAUCCCUGUUUUAUAGACUGUUGUAGUUUGAAAUUUGUUGUAUAUAAACUGUGCAAGGUAUUUUUUUUCAUUCUAAUUGUAUUGGUUUAAUUGUAAUGUAUCCUUUUUUUUACCGUUUUGUCCUUUUUUUGGGUGUGUUUGAAGUUGACUUAUUGUACCCUUUACCAUGUUAACUGUUUUGCGCAUUUAAAUUGUUAUAAUAAA